CAUCGUUUGGGACAUUAAUUUCACAUGAACACACAUUCACCUUACGUAACCUAUAAAUGCAUCACAGGAUCCAAGAGAAUAGCAUGGCACUUGCCGCUGCAGCUUUAGAUGAGGGUCGUUUGCCUGGAUUUCAUUGGGCGAUGCGGUACCUUGAGGGUGUUAAUGCGGUUGUCUCUUGUUGUAAACAAAAAUAUGUCAGCGGAAUCGGAGAGGGAGGCUUGUCUUGUCUUUUUGAGGGACCUCCCCGGGAAACUGAGCGCAAGGCACAUCUUCACCGGCAACCCGCACCGUGAGACGCAGCGAUGCCCCAGCAGAGGGAGGUCUCGUCUCCGUCCCGCCGCCUCGGCCUGGCAUCCACCCGCCUCCAGACACUGAUGCCCGACCACGACUUCCCAUGAGGCCACCACCAGAACUCAGCUCGACCGCUCUGUAUGGGGCCUCUCACAUAUGAAUUGACAUGGAGGAUGAAGAUGGGACUUGUCUACUUGAUGUUUUGUGUGACCCCCAAGCCCUGAACGACUUCCUUCAUGGGACCAAUGAGCUGCAGACUGAAGACCUGCUCAUUAACUCCUCCUCUGGGGAGCCCUCCCUCUUCACAGAUGCCCCGAGUCCUGUCUCUCUGCUGGGAGAUGGCAGGGACUCCCCAGACACGCCUCCGCCUGGAUGUGUGGAUCUGUCCUUCCUGGAAGAAGCCCUCCUGUCAUCUCCAGAGGGUGGAGAAGACCCACAGGUGGUGCAGGGUGAGCCACCUGUGGAGGCAGCUUGUGAGGCAGAGAAGAGAGAAGUGGAGGAAGAAGAGGAGGCGGAGGUGGCAUGUGAUAUCCUCCAGCAGAGCCUACAGGAGGCUGAGAUCACUGAGCAGACCAUGGCUCUGGAAGCAGGUCUGGCACAAUCAGGGGACAGCCUGUCCCUGUACUCACCGGCCCCUCUCCUUUCUCCACCCACCGCUCCAUUCAUUCCCAAAUCUGUGACCUUGCCUGUGACCACGGCAUUGCCCAGAGACACCCAGGCAGCAGUGGAGCCUCCCCAGCCCUCCCUACUGGCUGUCGGGCCUGGAUGUCCUUCUUUAAAGCCUGCCGCCCCUCCUCAGCUGAUGGGGCUACUACCUGGAAAUGUAUUUCCUGCUCCUUCUCCAGAGACCUCCUUCUCUCUAAGUCCUGCCCAGGGCUCAAGUAUGAUCAUCCACAAGGCUGUGCCGAGCGUUGCCAGUCGACCUCUUAUAACUCCAACCCUGAGAGCAGCAGCAGCAGCAGCACCGAGCAUCGUCCUGCAGCGCGCACCUCUUCCUAUACAGCCCAAGUUGCCCAUCAGCAUUCAGCCCAGACUGGUUCAAAUUAGCCCCAAGCCCUCUGGGCAGAAGCCCACUCCUGGGCUUACAUUCGUCCCUGGGACUGCCUCACCAAACAUUCUAUUGUCUCAAGCAGCGGGCCAAAAGACUGUCGCUCCGCCACCGCAGCCCACCCAGCAGCUCCCCAAACCAGUCAGCCUGCAGCUGGUCAAUCAGGGUGGCUCCUUUGUGCUCCAGCCUCAGGGACUCUUCCAAGGCCAAAACCAGUUCCUUCUUCCGGGCCAGUGUCCUGUUACAAUCUCCCAGCCUGUCAGUGCAGCACGACCGCUGCUGACACCCAGUCACCAAGGCUCAUCGGUUCACAGCAUGACCCCCUCCACCGGGCAGCUUGUAGACGGCUCUCAGAUCUUAACUGUGCCCCAAAGACAGCUGAAUUUCAGCCCUGUGUUCACCACCCCAGCUGGGCAGCUAGCGCUCCGCCAGGCCACUGUGCUUUCAGGACCUUUGCAGCUACAGUCAGCACCUGCUACUGUCUUCCAGAUGCCAGCACAGCUGGCUGGAACCUAUGCGCCAGGAGGGCAGGGGCAACGUGCCACCCUGGUCCACAGUCCUGCUCUUGGAAACCACAUUACCUUGAUCAACAGUUCAGGGGUGCUUCCCCCAGAUCUUACUUCUAUCUCAAUCGUUAAUGGCCCCUCAAUGGUUCAGGGGAUGCCUUUUGCUGCCCAGGGCCCAGCUCCUCAGAGAGGAGUGACAGAAGGACAGCUAAACCUCCAGCAGGCCUCGGUGGUCCUGCUGCCAGAGAGAACUAUUCAAGAAGAGAGGACCAGCUCUGAGGAGACUUUUCACCAGCUACAACAGCCCUAUGGACACACUCUCCAGCACGUCUCCGUACAGCCCACCACUUCUGCCGGGCUGCAGUCCUCCUCUCCCCCUGUGGUUACAGUCCUACAGCCACCUCCUGAAGCACCUCUGGCCCCCGACCCUGCAGAGAUGCCCAAACUCUUGUUGCCCCCAUCAGAUAUGACCCAAGUGGUAGAGGAGGUGACCCACUCGAUGAGUCAGAACCAGGCCUUUAUGCAACAUCUGCAACAGCAAGCACUUAGUCCCCCGAUCACUUCUGAAUUGUUGGUUGGAGCGCUGCCGGUGGUGCCAAUGGAGUCGCUCGCCUCACCAGUCACCAGUGACAGAGAGUCCCAACCUCAGACCCAUGCAGUCUCCGGUCAGGACACCUGCACAGUGAUGUCAGACCAGUGUGUUGAGGUUUCGCCGCUUCACUCGGACGCUGAGGAUACGCCACUGAUCUGCUCCCCCUCUCAGAUUCAGGACACUGGAAGACCAGCAGCAGCAACUUUUUCCCCUCCAACCGGCCCUCAGAUUGCUCUGCCAGGACCUGAGAAUUCAGUCCCCCAGACUACAGCUUCCCAGCCACACAGUGAACCCCUGGUUCAGUAUGAAGUCCCUCAUCAGCUACAGGUAUCGCAGGCCUUGUUUGCCCACAACCAGGUGCAGAUCCAGUCAGCUGUUUCCAAGCCUCUGCCCCAGGCUCAGGCCUCGGUUUCACGGCCCCAGACCCAGGUCUCAGUUUCCCAACCCCAACUAUCUGUUUCCCAGCCUCAGCCUUCAAUCCAUACUUCAGUCCACAGCAGUCAAUCCCCUCUGCCUGUCAGUGUCUCGGUGCCUCAGCAGCAGCCUAAUCCCACAGCUGCAUCUGCAGUUCUCUCCAAAGCAGGAGACGACUCUGCUGUCCAACAGCACACACAAAACAAGCCAACAGCUGCCUUGGCCGUGGAGAGUAAGGCAUUUACUCUCGAUGUCCAUCCACCCUCUCCUGCAGCCCCGGGGGUCCAGGGGCCCCCUGCUCCCAUGGAGUGCACCCCCAUCCAGACGAGUCAGCAGACGAGCACCAAGCUGGCAGGUCCUCUGGAGCUGCAGAGAGAGGAGAGGCUCACACCAGCAAUGCGCAGGCACAGGUUCCAGCAGCAGCUUUGUUUGGACCAUGGAGCAGUGCAGGCUCCAUUCACUGGCCCAGCCUUCUCCACACUGAAGGACGCUGUUAGACGCCUGCUGCCAUACCACACCUGCGCUGGUCACCUGCCCACUCAGGAUGACUUCAAUUUAGUGGACCAGGAGUUCGACACUGUGUCCGGUUUCCUGCUGAAACGCACCAAGGACAUGGUCAACAAAUACAGGCAGCUAUUAGUUAGAGAAGCCCAGCAGGAGAGUCCCUCAGCAGAGAUGGUGAUGCUGGAGCGUCUCUUCCUCCAGGCCGAGCGAUACGCUCUAGCGGAGGACAGACGGCGAGCCCGCAGAGACCCGGAGUCCUUUAUGACAGCUUUGGCUACAUCAGCAUCUUCCCCUCAUGCCCACUCCUCUGGCAGCCCCUCUUCUCCCCCGGCCUGGACCAGACUGUCCGACAGGCCUCCGGGACUGAAGACCUACCGCUCCAGCUCGCGGGGGGCUCUCAGACUUACCAUCAAGCAGGAGUCGGGCUCUCGUAAGGUGAUCCACAACUCGGCCUACGACCCGGGACUCAAAAGGGACCACACGGGGCAGCUGACCAACGGUGGCGGGGCUGUGAACGAACGCCACUCUCAGGCACCCAACGGAGAACCCCAGUGUCCUCAGCAUGACGAGGAGAUGACCAACGGAGCGCCGCUCUGUAACACUGCUGAGCAAGUCUCACAGACAGCACCCACUUCCGUAAAAAAAGUCCCAAAUCCUCUUUCUAUGCCAGAGCCGCAGGAUGUCUGCUUUGAGUUGCCUCCCAGAGAUGUCAGCGCCCCAAAACUGAAAUGUUUCAGGUUGGAUGCGUCACCUCGGGCCGAGCAGCGGUUCAGCCCGCCGCCUCCGCCUCUCCAAGAGGACAACAUGCUCAGUGAACAUCUACAGAGUGCCAUCGACAGCAUACUGGAGCUUCAGCGCCUGCAGGGCCCCUCUGCAGCCCCGACAAGGGCCACGUCAGGCCCGUCAUUGGACCAGGCUGUCACCAGCAUCCUGGAGGGACACCUGUGAGGUAAUCUGCCUUGACAGGCAUCCACACAGAUCCUAAAACAUCGAAGUUGGAGUAAAAACAAAGAAAGGUGUACAAGACUUCUUACCUGUUCCCAGAAGGGUUUCAGAUUUUACAGAAAAAGCGAGGAGAAAAAAGUUAAGAGGCACUAUAAGCAGAUGCAUACCAGACAACAGCACUAUCUAUAGUCCGAUAGAUGUUAGAUACUUCAUUUUGAUGUACGUUUGUGGAAAAAAAAAAAUCUAUUUGAAUAGGAGCUAUAUUGUUUCAGUGGUAGUUGAGUCAUUCAGAGGUUUACGACACUGGUGUAACCUUCAUCAGCAUAUAGUAUAUAAGUAAUAGUGAGGAUAACGAAAACGUGGAGUAGACUGAGAUUAUUCAAUAGUUUUUUAUAAGAUUUCUUUCGAAAAUGUGAAGUUUUCUUUUGCAUAGUGCCAAGCUUCCAGGGUAUUUAUUUUGAUAAUCUGUGCCAAUUGUGUUUUGCGCAGCGAAGGUGUGCGUGCGUGUUUUCCUUUGGAUUGGUUUGCGUGGAUCCGAUGAGUGCGUGCGCGUGUGUGUGUGUGUGAGAGAGAUAGAGAAGACAUUGCAUCCUGCUAUGGGACAGUACACAAAAAAAACAAAAAAAAUAUAUAGAAUUCCCGCAGGCUCCAUCAUCUCGGCUUAAUGAAUGAAACUCCAAAGAAUUUGUGCUACAUCCUGAAUACACCAGCAAACGUCCGUGUUGUGUCUCUUCCCACAAACUGGAGUGCGUCCUUGUUAUAGCAGAAAGAACCCGAGGGGGGUUAAAAUACACAUUAGGCAGUCAUGCUUUCUUAUUUUUCAUUUUUUGGGACCCUUGCUGUCACUUGUGCUAGAGUCUUAACUGUGAAAAAUUUCUAGUUUUCUGUGCGUUUUCAGAAACGAUAAUGGUUUCCCAUACUGUAUGUAUUAACAUGCAAGCAAUAAUAAGUUGGGGUUGUUGGGAGCAGUGGUGGUGCAGUGAAGAGGAGGAGACAACAGAUCUUUGCCUGUUUUGCUUAUCGGUGUCAUUGGAUGAGAACAAAGAUUAUUUAUCAUUGACUAAGAUGCUUACUCCAUCAUUAAAGCCCGUGUAGUUUAGAAAUUGUGUUUCUAACAUGUUUUAAGGGCUUUGAGGGUACUUAGCUGCAAAUGUGACCAUGAAAAUGUCCAUUUUAGGGGAAAAAACCCACCAAAACAGACAAACUGUACAGAUAUUGAGCCUCUCUGCAUCAUCAAACAGCCUUUGACCAAAAACUAGAGGAACCAUCCGCUUCUCAUCUCUUUAGAGUUCUUUGUUUCUAGCCCGCUGUCCUAAAACUGGAGCUUUAUUUUACCGCAGCCGUUGUGGAGCAAUAUAUGAUUUUUGCGACAUCUUAUGUUAAUGUGACAAUCUUAUUGGUCUGCGUGAAGGUGUGAAUUCUCGUCAUUUUGGGGUCAUUUGUAACAGCUGUACGACUCUCUCCCUCGUGAAAUGCGUGCAAAAUGUUCCUUGUGAAUUUUUGCCUAGAAGGUCGAAACGUACAAGCGGCAAAUAGUCUCCCUUUUUUGUGAUAUUACCUGAAAAUUUGUUUUAAAAAUUUUGCUUUUGCAAAUCCCGUUAGGGAUCAAGGUUUGACUUGCGAAUUGGAAUGGUCGAGAAAAUGCCUUAUUUUAAUUUCAGUGUACCUGAAUUGGAGAAAAAGCUGAUUUAUGUGGUGUUUUUGAAUACUUUUGAAUAACAUCUGGUGUUCUGAAAGUGAAAAUAACUUGUCCCUUCAAAGAAAAAAAAGAAAAAGAUAAGAUCCAGAGAUUUGGGGCUAAAUCUGAAAGUCAUUUGUUGAAAUGUAUUGUUUGGUUUCUUUUUUUCAAUCUGUAAAAAAAAAAAAAUUGUCUUUUGUCGCAGCGAACAAAAGGAGUUAUAAAUAUGCAGUAAUUUAGUGUUGAAACUCUGUGGGAGUACAGGUGGACACACACAAGAGGAUUCACUAAGGACUCUAAACUUUUAAAGUUUCCUGCUCAAGGUUAGAAGUGAAACCAUGCAUAUGCUUGCCAACAUAGACUGUAUAUAAAGGACGGACAUGGGCAAUUUGACAGGAUGCGCUAUUUGUGAAGUCUUAUUUUCUUAAGCCUCUAGCUGAGUGUCUGAGUGUUUUUUUUUUUAACCCAGGUACCACAACAUGGGACAGAUCUCACUGUGAAAUAUAAGAUAGGGACUGAUUUGGCACCCUGUGAUUGCUAAUUGGGAUGAUUACCUAAAGUUAAGCCCAUAAACUCAUCAGGAAAGUGUUUACUUAAGGCAGAAAUCAAGGAAGCUGAGGACCUUUUCUAAGUCCCCCCCCAAAAAAAAGCCAAAUUUUUUUUCCUAAGUCAAAAUUUCAGAUUAUCGCCUCAAAAAUUUGUCACAUUGAAAUUAGGAUAACCUGAAAUUUUCACAGUGGCAGAAAGAAGCUUCUACAGUUUUCCAAUGGAGUUCUGUACAAGCAGACCUUUUUUCACAAGCGUCGCCCCCUGCUGGCCACUGAAAAGAAAAAUGAAAAUGCUGGUUUAUGGUGGUUAUGCAGUGAGCAUGAAACAGCCUUCUUUUAUAUACAGUCUAUGUAUGCUAACUUAGCAUGAGGCCUGUCCAUAGCAGAAACAGCUAGCCUGGUUUUGUCCAAAGGUAAAUGCCUACCAGCACUGCUAAAAGCCAGGUUAGCUGUCACCUUUCAAAGUAGUUCCCAAAAUUCAUUAAAUAGAAUAUCCCCAAAUAAAAGCAAAGGCUUUCUAAUAAUUUAAACUGAAUCUUCAGGUGUGUUUCCACCCUCAGAGGUUUUCACUGUAAUGCAGUAAAGAUGUCAGAGUGUCUUUCGUAACACAGGAUUGCACUCUUUAUCACCGCUAGACUUCUUCAAGGGUAAUUCCACCAAAAUUUACUUCAAGAAAAAAAAUGAAAUAAUUCCCCAAAGUCAGCCCUUAUUUGUCCAUGUUAAUAAAUCAAGGGCACCCAAGAAAUGCAAAGUCAACUUUGAUGGAAACCCCUUGGAUGAAGCAGCGUCAUGUGCCAUUGUUAUUGUUGCAGUGUCAAACACUGACCGUUAGAAAUAUGCUUAGUUUGUCAGCGUCUUAGGAUAAAGGGAUUCUGCAUGUUGAGCCGUUUUAUUUAUUUGUAAAUGUGUUUUAUUUAAUUUUCCUGACUGAACUGUGAAACCAGGGGAGCUCAUAACUAAUUCAACUUCAGAUACAAAACAUUUGACUGACAGAUUGUUUCUGAUGCCAAAAUCAAGAGGCCUUAAUUCAGCAAAACUAGAUUGUAGAAAAAAAAAAAAAUCCACUUAAAGACUCCUUUGACCUGAAAGUCACGAGUGAUUCAUAUAUGAAAUGUUAAGAAAACCACUUUUGUACUCAUUUUUACAGACUAUUUAUUAAACUGUGAUUUUGUAAGAAAUAAACAAAUGAAUGUGGCUAUGUCUUGCUUCAGGGGGUGGGGAGUGGAUGGAGGGUAUAGGUGUGUUCAAUAAUUCAUAAGAUUAAUAAACAUCACUUAUUUACUGUAUCAUUCACAGGAAAACAUGAAUAAAUACAAUGCAGCUGCUUCCAUAAGGUAAAUUUCUUAUACUCUAAAGCUUUGCAGAGGGUUAAAUCUUGUAAUUUAUCUUCGUCACGUCCGAGUUGGCAGCUUUUCUUUACUGUGCAGUUUGGAUUCUGUGAAACGACGUCGCUGUGAAACUGAAACGAGCUCAUGUCCCGACAGUCUCCGGUCAGGUUUAGGGGUUAAGAGGCACGUUCACACGCGCCAUGGAGAGGUCCCACCCGUCUGGAGAAUCGGCACCACGACAUAAGCAGCAGUUUAAAUAAAUGACCAA